CUUCAUCUGCAGCCUUCCCUCCUCUCUCCAUGGCUUCUUCAAUAAGCCCACCCACGGAGAGCCCCUAGAUCAGUGGAUGAACAGCUAGGAUCACCAUCUCGUCCAUGUUACACUAUGGGGCAGAGAAAAAACAAGAUGGUUUCAACCAGCCCCCAGAUCUCACUACUCCUGCUCUCAGCUCUGUGCCUCUUUUCUCUCAACACUUUCUAUGCAUCUGGAGCAUAUAUUCCAUGUUGCAGAAAGUACUCUACAAUGAAAAUACCCUUUAAUUGGAUAAAAGGUGUGUCUAUUCAAACAGACAAAGAGUACUGUAACAUGAAUGCUAUUAUUUUCCACACAAAAAAAGGAAUGGUAUGUUUUAAUCCGGCUUCAAACUGGGUGAUGGAUUAUGUAAACCGUUUCAGGAAUAAAGCGCAGCUGGUUCACAUGAGAACCACUCACAAAUAGAAAAGAUAUUUGAAUGUGUCACUCUGAUCAUCUGUAAAGUGUAUUUUGUUCAUUGGUC